CGGCGGAGGGGCGGGAUGCGGAGCCGGGAGCUGCGGGACGGCCCCGGAGAGUGCGGGAGGAAGUUUGCUGAGCCGCUGCUGCACGAGCACUGGAACAAAAACAACGCAGAGCUCCGAGAGGCGGAGUCAGAGCUGCACAGGAAGCACGUGAGAGAGGCUUGGGGUGACCAGCUAACACAACAAAACAAGGAAGAGGUGACCAAAGUUGAAGAGAAGAAACGUUAUGAAAAUGAGUACGAAACGGCACGAGGGGAAGCGCUGGAAAGAACGAGACAAGAGGAAGAGAAGCAUCAGCUGGAGAAGCAGCAAGCAGAGACAUUGCUUCAGCAAAUAGAAGAACUGAAAUUGCAGGAGACAAAGGCAACAAAGCUGAAAAAGGAACAAGAGAAUUUAUUAAAGCAGCAGUGGGAGCUGGAGAAUUUGGAAGAAGAAAGGAAACAAAUGGAAGAGCACCGGAGAAAAAAAGAGCUUGGUCGCUUUUUGAGGCAUCAGUGUGAUGUCCAGUUAAGGAGACGAGCACAGCAGAUACAGGAGGAGCUGGAGACAGACAGGCAAAUCUUAUCAGCCCUCCUGGAGAAAGAAGAUGAGGAUCAGCACUGGCAGAUCACAUGGCGGGAACGGGACGUGGCAGACGUGGCCUGGAUGAAGAAGGUCAUCGAGGAACAGCUCCAGCUGGAAAAGGAGAGGGAAGCAGAGCUCGAGACUAUCUUCAGGGAAGAAGCAAAAAAAAUAUGGGAGAAGAGGGAAGAAGAAUGGGAAAGAGAGAAGGUGGCCAGAGAUCGCCUGAUGAGUGAGGUCCUUGCAGGCAGACAGCGCCAGAUCCAAGAGAAGAUGAAGUUAAACAGAAGGGCCCAAGAAGAGUCCAUUAAGUAUCGAGAGCAGCUGAUCAGAGAACUCGAGGAGGCAAAGGAAGGGACUCGUCAGGAGAAGGAGCAGGAGGAGGAACAGCAGAGAGCCCGCAGGAGGGAGCUGCAGGCACAGGGGACAGAGCACAGCUUGAGAGAGGAGGAGGGACAGCAGGAGGGAUCAGCCCAGCAGCCCCUCGAGAAGCUGGAGCGGCAGGAGGGCGAGCAGGGCUGGCCCAGCAGGUUCUACAGUUCCCCAAGAGCGGCUUGGACCUGAGGAAUGAGCAUGAGAUGCAGCUCCAGACUACAGAAAGAAAACUCUGAGGACCCAAGGAACUCCUGAAAUAAUGGUGCCUCUGGAAUAGCCCACAGUGAGCUCAGGACUUGACUGAGUAGAUUUCUGGAAACAUUUAGUUGUGACCAAGCUGAAGAGGAGAAAAGUUCUACUGUCUUCAGGAACGUGGAGGUUGUGGCACCUUCAGAGGAGUGAACUGCUUCACUUUGCAUUCUGGAGUUGUGCCCAUGUGUUUUAGUACGAGAGGCUGAAGCAACCCAGUAAAUAAAAGGGACCAGUGGACCUGAGCCACAAAGGAAUCUGUGUCUCCCCAGGAACAGGAGCUGAGAAACACUACAGGCUGUGUCAGACUCCCACCUUGGAGAAUCAGGCUGUGCCUGUGCUUCCACUGGACUUUGAGGAGUUAAUUCAUAAUGCACAUUGCAAAUCAGUCAGGUCAUGUGUGCUGUGGCAGCAGUGCCUGUCCAAUUCCUCUCCAGAACAUCCUGGAGAUUUCAUUAAAUGUUGUUUUUCACUUGUUUAAUAAAUAAUGAAUAAUUAAAACCUGAACAAGGAUUUGGAUUUUUUUUUUUUACAUGAGCAAACUACUGCAGCAACAGGAGAGGAGACUGAGUUAAUUAUUGCAGUUCAUCCCUUGCUAUUACCAUGCACUACUGCAGCUUGACAUCAGUCCUGUCACAGUGCACAAGGAGCUGUUACAGGGCUGUGACAAGGACUAGCACUUAAGAGUAGAAAUCUUUCCAAAGAUCUUUAGAGGACCAGCAGUCAAAUAAGCCCACAUUAUAUCACACACUGAAAGGGUUUUUGCAUUUUAUAGUAAUACUGUAAACAAAAGAUUAAAAGUCAAAAUAUUGUACAGACAGAAUGACACUGAUAAAUACAAGGUUUGGAAAAAGGCAAAAAAAGCUUCUCCUUUCCUCUGCAGCAUUUUGUAAAGGAAGAGCAAGUUUGUUUACAGGGGAACAAGAGGAAAUCUAGUCCUAAAAGAAAAACACACCUUUGUUACUUGAGGUGCUACAAACUCUGUGACUGCAAUGCUGUGAGUGGAGGGUUCAGGAACUUGCUGCUGGGGGUUCCUGUGGGGUGUGGACCACUCUGAUUUCAGCGUAGCUGGAGCAGGGGCUGGCAGUUACUAAAGUGUCCCUUGGAUUUGGAUCAAAGACAGGUUUAAAUAAGUGAUAAAUUACACCAUAACUCAGUGUCACCCUGCUUUGGAAAGCAGGUAAGAUAUGUUAAAGAACAGCACACAGCGCUGUCCUGAGAGACUGAAAAACACCAUCUGCUGCCUUUCAGCCAUGACAAUUUAAGGAAAAGUUCCUAGAUAAAUCCCAAUGUAUUUAAUUAAUUACCAAUUGCAUGAUUUUGAAGUAGGUUUCACAAAGGUCAUUUGCAGUUUUAAUCCCAGCCUGUUGUCAGGCUAGAGCUGCUUCUGGGGUUCAGAAGGGCAGAAAGGAAAUAAAACCCCCAAUGAAGAACAUUAAUUUACUGGGCUGUCAUCUCCUCUCUCCAUUCCUUCCCUCCCUCAGACUCUGGGAGCCACACAGCACCAGGAAUCCAGCACUGCCAUGGCACUUGUGCUUGGAUAUAUCCACACAAACCAUGGCUGGCUCCUGAGCAGUGACAAUGCUUCCAAAUGGGACACAGGCAGAGGCAAAAAUCAGUGAUUUCCUGCACCACCUGAAAUUCAGACUCCCAAAAAUAUUCUCAUUUUUGAAAUUAUGGACUGACACACUUCUGUGAACUGUUACACUGGGGCCAGGCAGCCUGGCAGGGGUUAUUCCGUCAAAUUUUGAAAGAUUUGCAUAAAAAUCUUAGGAGAUAUGAGAAAUGUUUUCACAUUUGGAUAUGUUGAGGUACAGAGGUUAUGUGCUGUGGCAGACACAGCUGCUUUUGCACUGGCACUCUUCUAACUUCCUUUUUUUUGUUAAUGAGCACAGAAAUCUUUAGUGAAAUUGCAUCUGGAGUUACUGAGAAAUGCUGCUGCAAACGAGACGGUGCCUCAAAGAUGACAGGAAAAUUCUGCAGGAAACUUAACAAUGAAUUGCUAACUCAGAAACAAAGGAUAAUAUUUUAACCACUAAUGCCCUAAAGUAACAUCAAACAUAUAUAUUAAUGGCAUAGUGACAACUAAAAGAAAUAACUAUUAAGUUUCAAAUUCCUUCCAAAACAGAUAAAGUGACAAAGACCUUGUAGAGUUACACAUAACAAGCUUGGAUGCCCACAACUACUACUGGUUUAGCAGACUGAAAAAAAAACAUAUUGCACAACAGUUGAUAUGGGAACAGAGAAUGUUGGGCUUGUACCCCGUUACCAGGACAAACCUUCUUCCUGCUGGGAGCGGUCCCGGAGCCUGGGGAGCCUCAGCCAGCGGGAUCCUGGCAGGGGAGGCUCUGGAGGGAUGGAGAUGAUGCCCUCCCAUCCGUGCAGAGGUGUCAGAGCAGUUCCACCAGCAGGACCUGAAAGCAGAACGUGGCCCCAAGGAAACAUCUACAAGAGCUCAGUACAGCGCUGGGACGUGAGAGUGGCUCGACAGCUACUUGCAACAUGCUAUUACCCAUAACUACACUGG